AUGCCCAGCUUCGCUACACAACCUCCUCAACCCCAGCAUUCUGUUCUCUCCUUUCCAGCACGGCAUGUCGUUCUCGUCACGCUCAACCGGCCCCGCGACCUGAAUUGUAUCAAUGCACAAGGCCAUGCCGACCUUGAUGCCGUCUGGCAAUGGAUGGACGAAGAGCCCAGUCUGCGGGUGGGGAUAUUGACCGGGCAGGGAAGGGCAUUCUGCGCCGGUGCGGAUUUGAAAGAAUGGAACUCCAGCACCAGCAACAACAAGUCCCGCGCACCAAUGCCAGCCUCCGGCUUCGGCGGCCUAGCUAGACGCAAGGGCAAAAAGCCCGUGAUCUGCGCCGUGAAUGGGCUGUGCUUCGGCGGCGGGGCUGAAAUGAUCAUCAAUAGCGACAUUGUGAUCGCUGCCUCGCGCGCGCUGAUCGGGCUGCCGGAAGUCAAGCGCGGCGUUGUUGCACUGGCGGGUGCACUGCCGCGACUUGUCCGGACAGUUGGCAAGCAGCGGGCAAUGGAGAUGGUGUUGACGGGGCGGUCGUUGAGUGCCGCGGAGGCGGAGAGGUGGGGGCUCGUGAAUGAGGUUGUUGCGGUUGGCGAGAAGGCGAAGGAUGAAGAGAUCUCGGAGAAGGUUGUGCAGCGGGCUCUUGCCGUUGCGCAGGAGAUCGCAGGAAAUAGUCCUGAUUCAGUCGUGGUUAGUCGGGAGGGGAUUAAAUUGGGUUGGGAGGGUAUUGGUGCAGAUGAAGCUACGGGGAUGUUGAAUGAUACUUGGGUGAAGAGGUUGUAUGAGGGGGAGAACAUCAAAGAGGGCUUGAGGGCUUUUGUGGAGAAGAGGAAGCCUACUUGGGUUGAUAGUAAGCUGUGA